CAGUUCUCAGUCAACUGUACUGCCAGAGCUGAGGUUGAUGGACAGAGUAUUCCUGUGGACAUAGAAUGGACCCGGAUAGACAUCUUUUCUCCGUCUGGUCCAUCCGAACUGAUGCCCACUCUUUACACCACAACUGGAUCUCCAGAGAGAGGCUAUCAGAGUGUUCUGACCACCUCUGAGAAUUACACUGUCAACACUACCAUCUACCGCUGCAAUGCUACAGUAUCCAGUUACUCCAACUUCAGUGAAACUAUUGUAGAUGUAAAAGCAAUUGCUCCUAGCCCUAGUACUCAGAGUCUCACUCUCACGUCUACCACCGUUUCUGUCAGUAGUUUCACCAGUUCUACCAUUGCUCAAAACAUCAGUGAUGGUGGUAAUGGUGAAGAUACAUACAGUAUGCCCACAACUUCAUCCGUUGCCAACACAAACAGUGACAACAUUAAUAGUACUAUUAGUGCAACUGCUUCUUCUUUAAUGUACCCGUCUCUGUCUAGUCCCACUACAAUUGUGUCUGCUAGUCCCACUACCCAGACUGAUGUGACUAAAACAGUUUCAGUCACUGUCACAGAAAUGAAGCAGAAUACUAGUGGUGAUAUUAUUGCUGGAAUAGCUUCCACUGCAGCUAUAAUCACACUUAUUUCAAUUGCUGGCUGUGUUUUCUCUCUCGUGAGAAUGAAGAUGAGAGAAAGUAAUGUGCCAAGGAGUAAGCUUCAGUCAGUAUCCUACAAGAGACCUUCAUUACUGGAGAGACUAGAGCUGAAGGAGGUUGGAAGGAGAGAGGAUAACAUUACCAGCAAUGUGGCGUCCACUGAAAAGGACUCUCUACUUGCUGAGGAUAUUCCAGUGAGGAGUGAUAUUCCAGUCAGUGAGUUUCCAGACUAUGUUCUGGAUAUGACAAUGGAAAACCAGCACGACACCUCCAAGUUAGCUAUUGAAUAUCAGCAAUUCAAUGAUGUUCCCACUCUAACUUUUGAAGUGGCCUGUCUUUCUCAUAACAUUGACUUAAACAGAUUCAGAAACAUAUAUCCAUAUGAUAAGUCAGGAGUGAUAUUAAAAAGUAUACCAGGAGAGUUGGGGUCCGACUAUAUAAACGCUUCUUUUAUUUCUGGAUAUGGUGGGAAUAAAUACAUUGCAGCACAAGCUCCACUGAAUGAGACAAUUGAUCAUUUCUGGAGGAUGGUUUGGGAGUACGAGAUUGAAGCCAUUGUCAUGUUGACCAAAUGUGUGGAGAUGACAAGAGAGAAGAGUGCCCAGUACUGGCCUGAGUCACUGAGUGAGAUCAUCACUCCUGGAGACAGACUCAGUGUCACUCUCUCUUCAUCCACACCUUAUGCCGAGUACCACGUCCGCAAACUCCUAGUCAAACAUCUGACAGAGUCUGACAAGUCAGUGACAGUGACUCAGUUCCACUACACUGCCUGGCCAGAUCACGGAGUUCCAGACAAUGUCAUGUCUGUCAUACGGUUCAUUCGUCAUGUCCGUAAACUGUUCCCUGCUGCCUCCCAAGACCAGCCACUGCUGGUACACUGCAGUGCAGGUGUGGGCCGCACCGGGACUUUCAUCACUCUGGAUAUGAUGAUGCAGCAGAUGAAGGCUGAGGCCACCCUCAGUGUCUGCCAGUGUGUCAGAAAUCUGAGAACACAACGUAUGAAGAUGGUUCAGACUCCGAUUCAGUAUGAGUUCAUUCACCAAGCUCUGAGUGAGCUGGUGGUGUGUGGAGAGACAGAGGUGACUGCCUCCAGUCUCAGGUCCUUCACUGAGUCUCUCAGGGACCCAGUCACUGACUCUGGACCCACUCUCUCACAACAACACCUGAAGGUGCUGGAAGAUCUAAGUACGCAGCAAAGGUGUGACUUCACGGGAGCCAAGGCUGAGGCAAACAUCAGCAAAAACAGAUUCCCAGAUAAACUGCCAAGUGAAGUAUACAGAGUCUCACUGACAGGCAACUCUGGCUCUGAAUACAUCAAUGCAUCCUUCAUCAAUGGCUAUAAGCAGAGGGAUGCCUACAUAGCAACUCAGGGUCCACUGGAGGGAACAGUGGAGGACUUCUGGAGGAUGAUGUGGGAGUACCAGUGUGGCUGUAUCGUGAUGCUGUGUCAGCUGGAGGAAGAUGGCCAGGAGAGCAGCUACCCCUACUGGCCAGGUGAGGAGGGAGAGGAGAUGGUGUGUGGGAGACUCUCUGUCAGACUAGUCAAGGUCAGAGGUCACGGUGACAUAGUGGAGAGGAGGAUGGAAGUCAAGGAGAACAAAUCAAUAUCUCCUGACAUACUCGUGUCAAGAUGAUACAGCUAACGAGCUGGCCAUUAGAGGGGCUCCCCCACCUUACUGCCAUUAUCUCACUCAUUGAUAAGCUCAAUCAUGUUCUGAUGUCCACCUCCUCCAAACAGACUGUGGUCAUGUGCAGUGAUGGGGUAGUUCGGAGUGGGACAUUCCUGGUCAUCCACUCUCAGUUGGAACGUCUGAAGACAGAAGGUGUGGUGGAUGUCUUCCAGGCCAUCAAGUCUGCUCGCAUACACAGACCUGGAGUCAUACCCAACACUGAUCACUAUGUCUUCUGUUAUGAAGUACUGGCUGACUUUGUGGGGAGGACGGAAGCCUAUAUUAUCACAACUUCAAGACUCUUAUGUAGCUAAUGAACAUACCUGACAUGGGAUAAGACUACAAUGACUGCUGUUGUGUUUAUACUCUUACUGAGUUUAGUGAGUUUACGGAACUGCCUGUCACUGCCUCAGUUUGAACACGAAGGAUUUGAUCUGCCCAACAAUUCCUACAUCUACGAUAAUGAUAUUGGUCAUGAUGGAGACCGUGCUCUAAACUGUGUGACUGACAGUGAUAACUGCUGCAAUAACACUGACUGUUGGUGGCUGGAGAGAUGAGAGUGGGACACCAGUCUACCAGGGAGCAGAUGGGACCACUUGUCUGUAUGUCACUAGAGGAGAUGGAGUGAUCAGUCUACACCACAAGAAUAAAAAUUGUACUGAUCACACAUCAGGACUGUGGAGAUGUGAUAUACCUGAUUCCAGUGGAGAGAUGCAGAGACUCUACAUCUACAUCAGCAGUGCAAGAUCACAUGGUGAGCUACAUUACCAUGUUACCUUUUACUAUACCAAAUUGCAGGACAGUUGGUCUUGCUGUCUAUGAACUUCACUCUACACACUGAGCUCAGAGCAAGUGUUCCUGAAUUCACUAUCUCCUGCCGUACUCAUGGAGGACCUGCCACAACUGUCCAGUGGACAGUAAAUGGAGUCCCAGUAUAUAAUGAGACCAGUCAGCUCAUACUGGACACAUCUCUCAACUCUGUCUAUGACAACAGAUUGAGAGUGAGAGGAAGAAGAAAUGGGACCUACAACUGUACCAUCAGCAACAAUAUUAGAGAUUAUGAUGAUAGGUAUCUGUUACUGAAGUG